CCGAUUCCCAUUUCUAACUCUGCCAAGGACUUGCCCGACUGGCAGAACAGAUUUCUUGAUUUGCAGCCUACACCUACAGAACAUAUGCAUUUACAUGGAGUAGACAAGUGCAGAAGGAAAAUAUAAUGCAAGAACAAUGGCGUGAUAAAUUAAGAGCAAAGUAUAAACCUUGAUCUGUAGGUUGUGUGCCAUGGCGUAGCUUUUCUGACGGAAAGGAAGAUGGCGGUGAUGACGGCGGCCUCUGUUCGCAGGUGAUUCAGUAACCACUUACAGCUGGGUUGCCUCUGAAGAUUGUAAAAGUUACACCCAAAUUCAGACAAAUUGAAAAGUGAUGCAUUGUUAGAUUUUGCUACUUCCUGAGGAGGUCCGAGAGAGGCGGAGAGUCUUAAAGAGCGGAGGGUUCGUUGAUUGUGUUUUGGGGCGUUGCGUGACUUGUCUCUAAUGGGACGAGGUUGUAGUUGGGAGAUGAGGUGGGAGAUAAGUAGGGAGGGCAAUUUGUCUCUAUCCUCCAAGUCUUGUGUGGGGAUCUCUGCCACGAGAUGAGAAAUAUGGCACUUCUCGAGUGAGCUUUAUGUUUUCUCCCAUCAUGGCUGCAUGGACUUUUAGCACUCCAGUUGUUGGAAUUUAUAGCAUUGUACGUCAUUACCCCAGUAUAUUCAAGGCACUAUCACCUCAUUACAUCUUUCUUUUCUUUUCAAGAAAUGGAAAAGAAGGGUGGCUGCUGCUUGGUGGUACCAUCCUCAGCAUCACUGGUUCUGAAGCGAUGUUUGCAGAUAUAGGCCAUUUUAACAAGAGUUCCAUUCAGAUGGCUUUCUUCUUUACAAUAUAUCCAUCUCUGGUUUUAACAUAUGCUGGGCAAACAGCAUAUUUGAUUAAGAACCCUGAUGAUUUCAAGGAUGGAUUUUACAAAUUUAUACCAAACGCUGUUUACUGGCCAAUCUUCAUCAUAUCCACACUGGCUGCAAUUGUUGCCAGCCAAUCUCUGAUAUCUGCAACCUUCUCUGUAAUCAAGCAAUCUGUUGUGCUGGAUUAUUUUCCUCGAGUGAAGGUGGUGCACACAUCUCCCAACAAUGAAGGAGAAGUUUACUCUCCGGAAGUGAAUUACAUCCUUAUGAUUCUUUGUGUUGCAGUGAUAUUCAUAUUUGGGGAUGGAAAUAUUGCGAAUGCUUUUGGUAUGGUAAACUAAUACUACUAAGAUCUUUAUCUAUUUUUGCACGCAACAGCCAUUAUUAAUUGCUUUCUUGUUCUUUAGAUCUAUUGAUGCUUCUCUGGUCACUUAGUUAAUUAUUCAUGGCCUUGUAAUACUCCGUCUUCUGGUAGUGCCUAUAGAUUGUAGAAGAUUGUGGGUAAUCAGAGGAACGGUAACUUACAUUUUUUCUUUUGCCAGCCUUUUCCUUAUAAAUUUGUAUAUAAUGG